GAUCGCCUCGGAGAUGCUCCUGACAGAACACCACUGGCCUUCAAUCCAGGCAGCAACUGCGGCUGGACAAGGGGCUGGGUGGUGAGUGAUUGGGGGAAGUCUGGCUAAGCCUGGUCAAGAACGUGAGGGCCAAGCCACCGGAAGUGCUUUCCUUCUGGAAGAUGGCUCCUAACACAUCUACCAUGGAUGAGGCCGGACUGCCAGUGGAGAGGGAUUUCUCCUUUCGCAUCCUCACAGCCUGUUUCCUGUCGCUGCUCAUCCUGUCCACUCUCCUGGGAAAUACCCUAGUCUGUGCCGCUGUCAUCAGGUUUCGACACCUGCGGUCCAAGGUGACCAACUUCUUUGUCAUCUCUUUAGCUGUGUCAGAUCUCCUGGUGGCUGUCUUGGUCAUGCCCUGGAAGGCUGUGGCUGAGAUUGCUGGCUUUUGGCCCUUUGGGUCCUUCUGUAACAUCUGGGUCGCCUUUGACAUCAUGUGCUCCACGGCAUCCAUCCUUAACCUCUGUGUGAUCAGUGUGGACAGGUAUUGGGCUAUCUCUAGCCCUUUCCAGUAUGAGAGGAAGAUGACCCCCAAGGCAGCCUUCAUCCUGAUUAGCGUAGCAUGGACUUUGUCUGUUCUCAUAUCCUUCAUCCCGGUGCAGCUAAGCUGGCACAAGGCAAAGCCCACAUGGCCAUUGGACGGCAAUUUUACUUUCCUGGAAGACACCGACGAUGAUAAUUGUGACACAAGGUUGAGCAGGACAUACGCCAUCUCAUCGUCCCUCAUAAGCUUUUACAUCCCCGUAGCCAUUAUGAUCGUCACCUACACCAGUAUCUACAGGAUUGCCCAGAAGCAAAUCCGGCGCAUCUCAGCCUUGGAGAGGGCAGCGGUCCAUGCCAAGAGCUGCCAGACCGCCACAGGUAACGGGAACCCCGUCGAAUGCUCUCAAUCCGAAAGUUCCUUCAAGAUGUCCUUUAAGAGAGAGACGAAAGUCCUGAAGACACUGUCUGUGAUCAUGGGGGUAUUUGUGUGCUGUUGGCUUCCUUUCUUCAUUUCUAACUGCAUGGUGCCCUUCUGUGGCUCCGAGGAGACCCAGCCGUUCUGCAUCGAUUCCAUCACCUUCGAUGUAUUUGUGUGGUUUGGGUGGGCGAAUUCCUCCCUGAACCCCAUUAUUUAUGCUUUCAAUGCCGAUUUCCAGAAGGCAUUCUCAACCCUCUUAGGAUGCUACAGACUCUGCCCUACGACAAAUAAUGCCAUAGAGACAGUAAGCAUCAACAACAACGGGGCAGUGAUGUUUUCCAGCCACCACGAGCCCCGAGGCUCCAUCUCCAAGGACUGUAAUCUGGUUUACCUGAUCCCUCACGCUGUGGGCUCUUCUGAGGAGCUGAAGAAGGAGGAGGCUGGGGGAAUCGCUAAGCCACUGGAGAAGCUGUCUCCGGCCUUAUCUGUCAUAUUGGACUAUGACACUGAUGUCUCUCUAGAAAAGAUCCAACCCAUUGCACACAGUGGACAGCAUUCAACCUGAAUAUUCGGUUCUCAUCUCUGAAGCUGUGAGUUUCCUAGGGAUGGCUGUUAAGGAAUUAACACGAGAUUCCUCUGCUGCUUUUUGGGCAAUUACAAAGCUCCUCAAACUCACUGAUGUCAGUGUAUUCUCUAGCCACAAGGGAAAUGACUUCGGCCCUGAAAUCAUUUUUGAAGCAUUAUCUUAGGACAUUAGAUCAAUAUAUAUAUAUAAAUAGGGCCAAAAGUCAACUGUAAACAGCUUCACUUAAAAAUCAAACUUUCCAGGAAGAAAGUGUGAGAGUUGAGUUUGCUGUAUCCAAUCAGGUGCUAAAACUGUUCAAGCAGUUUUCAGAUUGUAAAGGUAGGUGCAUGCCUUUGUUCAUUAACUUCUCCAACGACAAUUGAGCCUUACAGCAAGAGUGGGAUUUCUUUUCUUUUCUUCUCAGAAUUGACAGAUGCAUUGUUGA